GGGCAUUAACUCUCGCGUGGUCGACUCGUACGAGGCCUACACGGCACAUCGUGCAGUCCAGACGCCGCAGCCAGUCGAAUACGGUUUUUACCCAUCGCUGCGGGUGCCCAAGCCAACUCCGGCUCAAGACGAAGGCCAAAAAAACGCCAUGCGCAGCACCAUGGUCAUGAUGCUCUCGGCGCGCGCGGCCGCGCUCACGGGCCGUGCCUUACGACCCGCGCCGCGGACGCUAGUAAGAGCCGCACCCGUCUCGUCGUCGACGCCGUCGCAGAACCUCCUCCAGCGCCUGCAGGGCGUCGCCGAGGACGCGCUCAAGGUCGCGCAGGAGACGGGUCCCCGCGCCGCGCUGGCGCGCACGGUCCAGGGCCAGCGCGCCGUCCUCGAGACGCUCCUCGAGUUAAGGACUGAAUUACCAGCCCCGCCGCCGCCCGCGACGAUCCUCAAGGCGACGCAGGACGCGCAACGAGCCGCCGCGAGUGGUGGCGACGCCGCCACGGCCUUCGCCACACCUUUGUUGGAGUGGGGCCGCGAGAACGUGCCUCCGGAGCUCGCCCCUCGCAUUGCGAGGAAGCUCGCCGAAAGACUAGGAGCAACUUAUGUGAAACUCGGCCAAUUCGUGGCGUCGUCGCCGACCUUGUUUCCGGCGGAAUUCGUGCGCGAAUUCGAGAACACGUUGGACGCCGUGCCGGCGAUUUCGUAUGAAGAAGUUAAAAAAGUUGUGGAGAGCGAACUCGGACCUCUUUCAGACAUGUAUGCGACGUUCGAUCGGGAACCGGUGGCGGCCGCAAGUGUCGCGCAAGUCCAUAGAGCGACCCUCAAAGAUGGUAGAACUGUAGCAGUCAAGGUGUUGCGACCGGGCGUCGACAACCUCCUGAAAGCUGAUUUAGGAUUCUUAGAGGUCGCGGGCAAGGUCACGGAGGCCAUCGCCCCGACGUUCGCCCGCGUGUCGCUGGCGAACGUCCUCGCGGACUUGCGGUCUACCAUGCUUGAUGAGUUAGAUUUACGCAAGGAAGCCGACAAUCUGGAAGUGUUUGACAAGUGGUUAGUUGAAUCACAAUUGGACGGCGUCGCGACGUGCCCGCUACCGGUGAGAGAAGCUUGUUCGGAACGAGUGCUGACCAUGGACUUUCUCGAUGGCGUUGCUUUAACCGAUUUGGAUGCGUUACGUAAGAUGUACGGUCAAGAUUUCGAUGCGGAACGAACACUAUUAAAUGCGCUGAAUACGUGGUCGCUGGGAGUACUCAGUUGUGAUUUCUUUCACGCGGACGUGCAUGCUGGUAAUCUCCUGGCCAUGGAGGACGGGCGCGUGGCCUUUCUGGACUUUGGGAUUGUGGGUCGAGUGCCUCCCAGAAUCUGGACAGCAUUAAGGGAUGCUGGUGCUUCUGUCGCGGCGGAAGAUUAUAAAGGCUUGGCCCAGGCGCUUUGUGACAUGGGCGCCGCCGAUUCGGUAGAUAUCGACCAGUUCGCGACGGAUCUGGAAGCCUUGAUCAAGUCGCUGGACGACGUGAACCCGCAGAUCGCUCUCCAGGAGGCGGAGGGCGGCGUGGCUGCACAAAUCGCGGUGGACGAUUCGGAAAUAACCGAGGUGCUGUUGAAGCUCGUGCAGCUCACGGAGCGCAACGGCAUCAAGCUGCCGCGGGAGUUCGGGUUGCUCGUGAAGCAGGCUUUGUAUUUUGAUCGUUAUACCAAGUUAUUGGCGCCGGACCUGGACCUCGUGCGGGACGACCGCGUCGUGGGGUUUGACGAUCAAAGGGCGGGGGCGAUCGACGUUUGAUGAUCGCGGUGACGGCGUCGAUAGUGGAUAUAUCUUGUUUUGUGUGC